GCUCUGGCAGCUGAUGAGGAGAUUGAUGAGUCCAUAUUGGAUCACGAGGUAGAGAUGGAUGCGCCUUCCAACGCCACUUCGGAGCUACACUCGGAUGCCCAUUCAGAAACGAGUCUUGCUCAUUCCCAUGAAAUGAAGGAGGAAACAUCAAAUGAUGUUCCGCAUGCAGAACAUACAGACACGGAAGAUAAAUUACAGUCUAACGGAGACUCAUCGCCGAAGAAGUCCCCAACGAAAAGAUCCAGACGUUCAAGAGCUAAGCGGAAUGAAACUGACGACGAAAUUGAUGAAGAAGAAAAGGACGAUGAUAUGGAAGGCGAUUUCAAGGAUGUUUCAGCGAUGAUGAGCAAUGCUGAUCGUAAAAUCAAUGUUGGUGAUGACUUCCAAGCGCGUGUAGAUGAGUCACACAAAGACAAUCAGGUUCCUCCCCAGUUGUCAGAAGAGGAAGACGAGAGAGAAUAUGUUAUGUGGCGUGCACCAAAUGAUCUGGACGAAACAAAACUUAUGGAAUACUGUGAGGAUGCCAUUGGUGUUUACAAACUCACGUAUGACAGAGUAAGUAUUAAUUUAUGGAAAGCGAUAUUGUUACGCUUGAUAUAUUAA